UCUACUUAAUGUUAGCAUCAGUGCAAUCCGAAUUAUUAGAAUCAGAUUACUCACCACAAUGCGAAUAAACAUCCCCAGUGAAAGUAUUGUGCGAAAUUGCAAAAUAUGGAGUUGAAAUAUUCCUACGUUCUAGUUCUGGUGGUUUUGGAUUGUGUUUGUGGCGAAUUGUGUCCGAAAAAAUGUGACUGUGAUCAGUACUAUGGCAUGAAUAGAGCAACAUGCGUCGAUCAGAACAUUAUCAGUAUUGAAGUGGGAGUGCCCAAUGCUGUACAAAUAUACAGCCUUAGUCACAAUAUGAUCAGUGAAUUGGAAAAUUUUUGUUUUAAGGAGGCAGGCUAUUUAUACAUAGAAGUUUUGAACCUCUCGUACAAUGUUAUAUAUUGGAUAGGUUUACAUGCGUUCUCAGGAUUAGACAAGUUGGCCCAUUUGGACCUCAGUAACAAUAGGCUGAGGUACAUACCCUCCGAUCUUUUCUGGGACACUCCAGAACUGAUUUCGCUGGACCUAUCGUCGAAUAUAUUUGAAAAUGAUUUGAAAAAUGAACCAUUUAUAAUGCAUGAAAAACUACAAGUGCUCAACAUGAACAACUGCAGAAUCAAAUCACUCCCAGACCGACUAUUCACCAGAUUACCCGAACUUAGAAAAUUAGAUAUCAGUGAAAACAACAUUAUAACAUUAAAUACGAAAUUAUUAGUUCCUCUAAAGAAAUUACAAAGGAUAGAACUAAGAAACGAUUACUUCCAAUUAAGGCAAUGCACAUCCGAUUUUGUAGCUGCAGAAUCGUGGAUUAUUUCUAGAGGUAUAACUUACCAGAAGCAAUGCAGAAAAAAGGCCCCUAAUAUGUCAGAAAAAAUGAUAUCCAUGGUUCCAGAAGAAAAAGAAGAUGUUGAUGUGAGCCAGGUGUGGAAUAUAACAGGAACAACAGCUAAAAAUGAUACAGGUCCUGAGAUUAGAGCAACAACUCUCACACCUUUCGAGAAGUUUGACAAAGAGUUUUCGUCAAUGCAGGCGUUCGUCAUAGGCAUUGAACUAGGUUUAGCUAUCGGUAUAGUGGGGACGUACAUAUGGCUUAGAAAGUUCUGUCACUGUGGUCAAUUGAAUUGCAUUCGGCCACAAACAGGUCGGCAAAGGAGACGAGCUCAGAGAGUGAGAGAGACCGACAUGAGGACGAAUUUACUUUGGAGUAACAUGAUCAGUCCUGAUUUAGAUACGCCGCCAUCUUACCGAAGGCAUCCGUCGUUGCCUGAUCGAAGCCCGCCGCUCCGUACUUAUGGAGUGCCGAUAGUAGAAGCGGCAGCGUUGCAAGUGGACGCUAUAAGGCCGCCUGAUCGAGCUGAGACUCCUCCGCCGCCCUAUAAUGAGUCGUGCCGCAUCGUCGUAUAAAACGGUUACUAUAUCUAAAUAAACCAGAACAAAAACUGUUAUCUAAAUGGGACAAAAAGUAGUAUCGGGAGCGUGUUAUCAAAUUGUGAUACAGUGUUGUGAGACGAUUUUUCGUGACACUAUCUAUGAUUAGUAUAAAUUAGUCAAAUAUUUUUAGCACUAAGAUUUUGAAUUUGUACUCUGAGAAAAAUGACUUAGGUACCUACAUAUUAAUAAGGAUAACAUCCUCAUGAGUGUAUUAAUAGCUAGCAAUAAAUAAUAAAGGUUGUAGAAUCUGUGAGAUGUUUAACAAGAUAAAUUUUUAUAGUGAAAUGAUUUUUUAUAAUAGGUGCACGAUUAGUGUUUCCAUUUUGUCUGUAAUUAUAUUCGAAUGUUAUGAUUAUUUAAAAAAACGGAGAAAUAAAAAUCUUAUAAUUUA